AUACCAGUGCAAUUGAUCACGGUGAACGAACGGUCUGGUCCAAUUGUCCUUUCCAUGUGACACCAAUGUAAUUGUUACAGCGACAUGUCUAAAGUCAAGACAAUGUUAAAAAUCGGUGGCGGAGCCGCGUUGGUGGCGGCGAUCGUCGCCGUGUUUGUGGUCGCCACACAAGGUCGCGACCCUGACCUUGAAGCUUUAGAACAAGAGGGGAAGCAAUACAUCUUAGAAAACGACAAAGCGGCUGGCCUCAGGAAAAACAGGGCUAGUCUCGCUGAAUGGGCUUACACCUCGAAUCUUACCACGGAGAAUGAAGAGAAAAAGUUACAAAUUCAAUUAGAAGUAUCAAAGGAAGAGAAGAAAGCAUGGGAGGAGACAAAGAUGUAUCACUGGCAAGACUUCCAAGAUUAUACACUGCGAAGGAUGUUCAAGAAGUACACAAUGCUAGGAGUAUCCAUUCUCCCAGAUGAUAAAUAUAAGUUGUUGAUGAAGUCGGUGUCGGAUAUGGAAUCAAAUUAUGCCACUGCGAAGGUCUGCUCAUUUACCAAUGCCACAAAAUGCGACCUCGCUUUGGAACCUGACAUCACGGAUAUAUUUACAAAAAGUCAGAACCCAGAAGAGUUGAAGCACUACUGGGUAGAAUGGCACAAAGCAGCAGGUGCCAAAGUUCGGGAUAACUUUACAACAUACGUGCAGAUAGAGAACGAGGCAGCCAAAUUGAAUGAUUACAAAAACGUCGCGGAUUGGUGGCAGUCUGAUUAUGAAGUAUCAGACUUUGAAGAGCAGUUAGCCAAAUUAUGGGAGGAAUUAAAGCCCUUAUACCAGCAAAUGCAUGCUUACGUCAGAAAACGCUUGAGAGACAAGUAUGGAGAUUCAGUAGUAUCGGCUAGAGGACCCAUUCCUGCUCAUCUCUUGGGUAACAUGUGGGCGCAAACUUGGAACAAUAUUGAAUCGUUCACCCGACCUUAUCCGGACAAGAAAGAAAUCGACAUCACCCAAGCAAUGCAAGACCAAAAGUAUACGCCGUUGAAGAUGUUCCAGAUGUCAGAUGAGUUCUUUAAGUCGCUAAACUUGACCGCAAUGCCAGAAUUGUUUUGGAAAAAUUCGAUCAUCGUAAAGCCAGACGAUAGAGAAAUUGUAUGUCACGCUUCUGCUUGGGACUUUUACGACGGGAAAGAUUUUAGGAUCAAACAGUGUACAACUGUUGACUACGAAUAUUUUCAAACGACUCACCAUGAAAUGGGACACAUUCAGUACUUCCUGCAGUACCGUGAUCAGCCUGUUAUAUUCAGAGAUGGAGCAAAUCCAGGCUUCCACGAAGCUGUCGGUGACACGAUCGCCUUGUCCGUAUCAUCUCCCAAACACUUACGUCGUGUUGGACUUCUCACCGGCGACGCUGAAGAUGAGCAAACAGAAAUUAACCAGCUUUACAAAAUGGGCAUAGACAAGAUCGUCUUCCUUCCAUUCGCGUACACGCUGGACCUUUGGCGUUAUGGCGUUUUCCGCGGCACCACUCCCCCUGAAGACUAUAACUGUCACUAUUGGAGACUCAGAGAGACGCUACAGGGAGUAGAGCCGCCUGUUAACAGAACUGAAGAAGAUUUUGAUGCUGCAGCUAAAUAUCACGUGUCUGCUGAUGUGGAAUAUGCCAGAUACUACGUGUCUUUCGUCAUUCAGUUCCAAUUCCACCGCGCUCUUUGCCAAGCUGCAGGAGAGUAUGAUCCUGCGGAUCCUACUAAGAAACUUGUGGAUUGCGAUAUUUACCAGAGCGUUGCAGCUGGAAACGCCCUUUCUAACAUGCUGAAAAUGGGUUCUUCUAAACCAUGGCCGGACGCGAUGGAAGUCCUUACUGGCCAACGGCACAUGAAGGCUGAUGCACUCUUGGAAUACUUUAAACCUCUACAUGACUGGUUGAAGCAGGAGAAUCUACGCACUGGAGAGUACAUUGGUUGGGAACCUAGUAAAAUGCAAUAUUGUACAUCAGAACAAUUAGCCGCCGUAAAUGCUAAGGAAACUCAGACAGAGCCGCCAAUGAUCUUCAAAAUCGUAGGGGAGCUUGCCCUCGUAGGGGCAAUAGCUUCUGUCUUUAUAGUAGCUGCCCAAGAAUGGGCUCAAGAAAGAGCAGCUGAAGAAUCCUCCGGAAGAGAGUACAUGAGAAAAUUGGACGAGCUGACUUCCAAGAUAAGAAACAAGAUGGCUUUGGCUAGGUGGAAUUAUGAUUCUAAUCUUACAAAACAUAACGAGGAUGUAUUAAUGCAAGUGUCAUUAGAAAUAGCAGAAGAAGAGAAAGAAUAUUGGAAAGAAACAAUGACUUACAUUUGGCAUGAGUUCGAGGAUGAAGACUUGAAGAGGAUGUUCAAAAAAUAUUCCAUUCUUGGUACUUCAGCGUUACCUGAGGACUUAAACCAGAGAUUGAUUCAGGCUAUCAAUAACAUGAAAUCAACAUACGCUAAAGCCACCAUUUGUGACUACAAGAAUAGAACCAAAUGUGAUCUGCACGUGGAACCAGAUGUUACGGACAUAUUUGCACACAGUGAGGACUCCGAAGAGCUAAAACAUGUAUGGUUGGAAUGGUACAAGGCGUCAGGUGCACCAUCAAGGAGGGACUUCAUGGAAUAUGUGCAAAUGUGUAACGAAGCUGCAAAAUUGAAUGGCUAUGACACAGUAGCGGAAUGGUGGUUAAGUUACUACGAGGUCCCAGAUAGUGAGCAGCAAUUUGCGUUGCUAUGGAAUCAGAUCAAACCCUUGUACCAACAGAUUCAUGCAUACGUGAGACGUCAUCUGAGACUGAAAUAUGGAGAAGAAGUGGUCUCAGCUAAAGGACCUAUUCCAGCACAUUUAUUAAGCAACAUUUGGGCACAAACCUGGAGCGGAGUUGAAAGAUUUACUAAACCGUUUCCUGACAAACCUGACGUUAAUGUCACAACUGCUUUAAUAGAACAAAACUACACAGUCCUAAAAUUCUUUGAAACUGCAGACGACUUCUUCAAGUCUCUCAAUUUGCAAGGAGUACCAGACUCGUUCUGGGAAAAUUCAAUUCUCGAAAAACCUGAUGAUGGAAGAGAGUUGGUUUGUCAUGCUUCUGCCUGGGACUUUUAUGACAGCGAAGAUUUCAGGAUCAAACAAUGUACCACCAUAACUAGCGCCUUUUUCAAAACAACCCAUCACGAAAUGGGCCACAUCCAGUACUACUUGCAAUACAAGGAUUUGCCAGUCAUCUAUCGAGGUGGAGCUAAUCCCGGUUUCCACGAGGCUGUAGGUGACGUCAUCUCUUUGUCCGUUUCCACUCCUAAGCACUUAAGAGUCAUAGGACUAUUGGAAGACGGACCUGAUGAUAUGGAGUCAAAUAUUAAUCAAUUAUAUAAAAUGGGUCUAGAAAAGAUCGUCUUUCUUCCAUUCGCAUAUGUGCUGGAUUUGUAUCGAUACGGCAUCUUCCGUGGUACUACAAUACCUGAUGAUUACAACUGUCAUUUCUGGCAACUACGUGAAUCUAUACAGGGUAUUGAACCCCCAGCACCUAGAUCAGAAGACGACUUUGACCCUGCAGCUAAAUAUCAUGUUGCUGCUGAUGUUGAGUACAUGAGGUAUUACGUGUCAUUCGUAAUUCAGUUCCAGUUUCAUAAGUCACUUUGCGAAUUGGCUGGGCAGUACGUCCCAGGUGAUCCUAACACGCUGCUAUCUGACUGCGAUAUUUAUAAGAGCACGGCUGCUGGAAAUGCUUUAGGUAAAAUGUUACAAAUGGGUUCAUCCAAGCCGUGGCCAGACGCAAUGGCAGUUCUAACAGGCGAACGUAAAAUGAACGCUAAAGGCUUGCUGGAAUACUUUAAACCUUUACACGAUUGGCUUAAAGCUGAAAAUGAGCGUACUGGAGAAUUUAUUGGUUGGGAAUCUAGUAAAGUUGAGUAUUGUUCUUCAGAGCAACGUGCGGAAAUGGAGGGCUCAGAGUUCAUUAAGAAACUAAAGAAACUUGGUGACCCAACGCGCAUCGAGGAUUUCAUAGCAGUAGAACUCCUUGUGAAAGAGUUUAUCCAGCACUGGCAGACGGAAAAACAAAGACUAUUCACACGGCCCGAGUUCAGAGGUAGCUACAGCACAGUUGUUACCGCGACCGCAGCCAAGCACUACGCACCAUUGGUUGUACGCGACAAAAACUCAAGAAAAACUCACGGGAAAUCAGGUCAGCCCGACCAAGCAAACAUGGCCUGUGCCCAAACGAGAAAACUUAGCAGAACGUGGUUCCAAAUUAAAUUGGUGCUCUUUUUAGUACAUAAUUUGUGCUCAGCUGAUCCUCAGUUGGAUUUGCCGCCACUGCCUCAAAUUUCUAGUACCCAGCGCAAUCCUUAUGGGGGAGGAUAUGGACUUUCGAGUACCCCAGCAUCAAUUAACGCUCCAGGGAAUCAGUACGAUCUUCGAAAUCAAUUUAGUACCGCAAGACAAAACCCAUCGACUCCAGGAAUUUACCCGGUAUCGUCCACUCCGUUUAGUAGAAUAAAUCCCGACAUUAACAACAAUGGAUACCCAAGUUCAACGAUUAGACCCUAUGAUGACAGAAACCGCGAUGAUAGAAUUGAUAUCAAUAAUGACCCGAAUUUCAGACGAAAUGAUCCGAACUUUGUGAGGAACGACCCUAAUUACGUCGGAGCUAAUCCUUAUGACUUCAACAGAGGUAUCGAUGGGAACAGUAUUGACGACAGGUUCCAUCAAGUGAAUUUGCAACAAAUCAGGGACUUUUUGCUACAAGCCGACGAUCAGGCGUCCAAAGAGUGUACCAACAAUGUGGCCGCGCAGUGGAAUUUUGAAACUGAUGUCAACGACGCAACUCAACAUGCUGCGUUGGACGCUCAACAACGCUACACAUUAUUCCAGCGAGGAUUAUGGGAGGCAGCUCAGCAGAUCCCGCGAGGAGCCGUCAGGGACUACGCCACGUUCAGACAGUUGCGUCUGCUCUCCAUCAUCGGACCCUCUGCUUUACCGCCUGACCAACUUGAUAGAUACAACCGUCUAAUAAACGACAUGCUAGCUGUCUAUAACACAGCAGAAAUCUGCGCAUACAACGAACCUUUCAAGUGCGGUCUCCACCUUCAACCUGAACUACAAUUCAUAAUGUCACAUUCGAGGGAUUGGGAUGAGCUACAGCAUGUCUGGACUGAGUGGAGGAGAAACACUGGAAGGAGAAUCAGGGAUCUCUAUGAGCAGUUGGUCGAUUUGACUAAUCAGGCUGCUAGAUUGAAUAAUUUCACUGACGCAUCAUCUUAUUGGAUGUUCCCGUAUGAGUCACAAAAUUUCAGACAAGAAGUUGAUGAAGUGUGGGAACAGAUCAAGCCCCUAUACGACCUCCUCCACGCUUAUGUUCGCCGUCGUCUUCGUGAAGCGUAUGGUCCUGAAAGGAUCUCGCGAUCAGCUCCAAUACCAGCUCAUAUCCUGGGAGACAUGUGGGGUCAAAGCUGGUCGGGAAUUGUGCCGUUUACCUUGCCAUAUCCCGGAAAGACAUUGGUCGAUGUUUCUCCUGCAAUGUUGCAACAGGGCUACACUCCUCUGACGAUCUUCCAGCUGGCUGAAGAGUUCUUCGUGUCAAUGAACAUGUCGGCAAUGCCUCCAGACUUUUGGGCACUCAGUGUAUUCGAGCAACCGCAGGAGAGACAUAUACACUGCCAACCCUCUGCUUGGGACUUUUGCAAUCGACAUGACUUCCGAAUCAAAAUGUGUACACACGUUGAUAUGAAAGAUCUGGUCACAGCUCAUCACGAAAUGGCCCACAUUGAAUACUUCCUGGCUUAUAAGAACCAGCCUAAGAUCUUCCGCGAUGGUGCCAACCCUGGUUUCCAUGAAGCAAUAGGCGAAACAAUAGCUCUGUCCGUAGCUUCACCGCGUCACCUACAAACCUUGGGUCUCGUCCAACGCUCCGUUGACGACACAGCUCACGAUAUUAACUACCUAUUCACGCAAGCCAUGGACAAGCUUGCGUUCUUGCCCUUCUCGCUGGUCAUGGAUAAAUGGCGAUGGGAUGUCUUUACUGGAAAUGUCAGGAAAGAACAGUACAACUGUCAUUGGUGGAGUUUAAGGGAGCAGUAUCAAGGCAUCAAGCCACCAGUAUUGCGAUCGGAGCUGGACUUCGACCCAGGUGCAAAAUACCACAUUCCUGCCAACAUACCCUACAUAAGGUAA